UGACGACCGAGACCGGGGAGACUAACUAGCUAACUAUCGGUCUGUAAUCAACACAUGCUUCUAAUGCUGACCGCAACAAGUUUCUCUGACAAGGAUGGCCACCAGAUGGCAGCAAAAACGCUUAAAAAGCCAGCAGGUGGGGAUAUUUCACCUCUCAGUUGUUUUCCAACCACCACUGAGUGAAAGUAAGAAGAAGAAAGAGGAGGAGGAAGGAAACCGGGGCUGGUGACGUCACACGGUUGAGCACCCGGCGCGAAGGAGACCCAAAGAGCCGCGCGUGCCGGGGGAAACUUUACAAAGAGGCGCAAAGAGGAAAACUUCAGCUGACAUGGCCUCAGAGGACAUCGCUCAGCUGGCGGAGACUCUCUCCAAGGUCCACGUCGGGGAUGGAGAGCUGAGCUACAAAGGGCUGGGUCUUAAGCUCGAUGACGCCGAAUCAGUGGUGGAGCUGGUGCGGGACAUCCGGCAGUUCUCCGACCUGAGAGCUCUGCGGCUGGAGGGGAACACGGUGGGAGUGGAGGCCGCUCAGACGAUCGCCAAAGCUCUGGAGGACAAAGAGAUGCUCCAGAGAUGCUACUGGAGUGACAUGUUUACUGGAAGGCUGCGCUCUGAAAUCCCCACCGCUCUGAUGUCGCUCGGCGCCGCCUUAACGAGUGCCGGGUCCAGGCUAACGGAGCUCGAUCUGAGCGAUAACGCCUUUGGGCCGGACGGCGUGAAGGGAAUCGAGCCGCUGUUGAAGAGCGCCUCCUGCCACACGCUGAGGGAGCUGCGGCUCAACAACUGCGGGAUGGGAAUCGGCGGCGGAAAGAUCCUGGCGGAGGCUCUGACCGAGUGUCACAGACAGUCGUCGGCCCUCGGAGCGCCGCUCAGGCUGAGGGUGUUCAUGGCGGGGAGGAACCGGCUGGAGAACGAAGGAGCCAGCGCCCUGGCUAAGGCCUUCAAGUCGAUGGGCAGCCUGGAGGAAGUCCACCUGCCCCAGAAUGGGAUAAACCACGCCGGCGUGACGGCGCUGGCUGCAGCCAUGCGACACAACCCGGAGCUUCGGGUGGUGAACCUGAACGACAACACCUUCACCAAGAGAGGAGCGCUCGCCAUGGCGCACGCUCUGAGGCCCCUCAGGAACGUCCAGGUCAUCAACUUCGGCGACUGUCUGGUCCGCUCCGAGGGGGCCGUGGCGCUGGCCGCCGUCCUGAGGGAGGGGCUGCCCGCGCUGAGGGAGGUGAACCUGUCGUUCGGGGAGAUCACCGAGGCUGCCGCUCUGGUGGUGGCUCAGGCGGUCGCCGACAAACCCAGCAUGGAGAAGGUGGACCUGAACGGUAACUGUCUAGGGGAGGACGGCUGUGAGGCUCUAAGGGACCUCAUGGAGAACGUGGAUAAAGGAGACCUGCUGGCCUCGCUCAGCGACGAUGAAGGAGAACCUGACGAGGAGGAGGAGGAAGACAGUGAAAGUGAGGAGGAUGAAGCCACAGAUGAGGAGAGCGAGGAAGAUGGCGACAUCGUUAAGGAAAACGGAUUAACGAGAGAAGACAGUCCUUCAAAAUCCCAGAGCCAGGCGGAGCUCCUGACCUUCCUCAGAUGUCCGUCAGUGGAGAAGCUCAGAGAGCUGAAGGCGGCUCUGCAGGAACAGGUCCAAACCUCUGAGCUCCACCAAGCCGCUGAGGUUCUUCUACAGAUCGCUUCUCUGUACGGCGAGGAUCCAGAAACGAAGAACUCCGUCCUCCAAGCGUUCGACGAGGUUCUGAAGAAGCUGCUGUCCGGUUCUGUCCUUCACUCGUACUGCGUCCUCUCCACGCUGCUGGUCCGGAUGGGACUCCUCAAGGGAGAGGGAAAGGUGAAGAAGGCGAGCGUGAGUCCAGGUCACCUCCUGUGUUUGGAGCACGCCGUCCAGCAGGACGUCUUCUCGCCGCAUCACGCCUCGCUGCUGUUCGCCUUCACGUCCAGGAUCCGUGAAGCCCCGCCGUCGUGCCGCGGCGCCUCCGAGAAGCUCAACGCCGCUCUGGAAAAGAAAUGUAAACACUGACAUACCUCCACUUCACUCAGUUCAAUUCAGAUAUAAAAAUGCUGAUUCCAACAUCUGUAUGUUUUAUGAAAACAUACUAAAUUUUAUUUUUUUUACUUAAAUUUAUGACUUAUUUUUAUAGGAAAUUCGUAGGAAAAUGUUAACAUUGAAUUCACUGGAAGUUUGUUUGAAAUAAAAGCUGAAUUUUAUUUGUGGGAAAAUGUUUUGUUAUGUUAAAGUGAAGGGAAUCAUCUGUGUGAAGCUUCCUCGAGGACGAGCAGAAAAUGUAUUUUAUUUGAGUUUGUUAAGAAAACAAUAAUAAAACCUGUUUGACCUCCUGA